GAACCCUCCGGUGGCUGGCGGAGUCUCUCCAGUGUGUCACUCACGGGCUGCUGCUGCUGCGACUAUUACUCUAUUGCGGAGCUGAUCUAUUCAGUAUCCCCACUGUCUCUAUAUUGGAUCCCAUAAGACCUUCCCUAGUGCUGCAAUGCAUGGAUCCUGUCUGAUUUGCAGUUGACCUGCUGAGCAUCACCCCUCUCCUUUUCUCUCGAUUUAGAGAGUCCUUACCUUGGCUGUGCCAGUUUGACUUUCUUGCGCUCUCUGUGAAAACCCCCCUCUGUCGUUCGCUGGAUCCGUCAUGGCGACCGUGGCGACCGUAGCGACCGUGGCCAGUGUGGUCUCGGUCUCAUUGCUCUCGGAGGCCGAAUUCGGCUGCGAGCACCUGGCCACACAGCUAGGACAAGAUGCCAACACCGCGGAGCAGUUCAAGAGCUCCUUUAUCAAGGCGCAUAACUCCCUGGCGGUCUUGCCCAAGCCCAUGGACGGACCCAUCAAGAACGGUCGUGCAAAGGCUCACGGGUUCUUGAAGCCCAAGUAUACUUGCUUGACAUGCUCAGAAACCUGCUUGAUGAGCGAGCGUCAAGCUCACACCGAUAAGACGGGCCACUCGUUCUUCAUGGAUUCCCGGGCUCGCAAUCUCUAUUGUCAGGGCUGCGGCGACUUUGUCUUCGACCAUGGGCUGGAAAGACUGCGCUGCUCUGCAGCAGAAAGUGCCUUACAAGUCGCCAAGAAACGUCGCUUUAGCGAUAGUUCAGCGGAUGAGCUAUACAUUCGGAGCAAUGCCACCAAACGUCCUUGCGCAAAGCAGGGCGUCAGGGGUUUGUUUAACUUGGGCCAGACCUGUUAUCUGAAUGUCAUCCUGCAGACUCUCCUACACGAUCCAAUCCUCAGCACGUAUUUCCUUGGAGAUGGUCACCAGCCGCAUGACUGUACUAUACCCGACUGUGUGGGCUGUGCAGUUGCUGAAGCCUUUGCCGACUUCAAUAGCAUCGACAAGGCUGAAGGGUUUACUGCUUUGAAUCUUCUUGUGGCAUCAUGGCGCUCGAGUCCCACACUAGCCGGUUAUCAGCAACAGGACGCCCACGAGUACUACCAAUUCCUUGUGGAUAAACUUCAUGCAAGCACCGAGGGUCACCACGAGAACCACCAGAAGGGAUGUCCCUGCUUCUUCCACAAGACAUUCUACGGCAAGCUCCGUAGUAGCGUGACAUGCGACAAGUGUGGCAAUGUCACCAGAACCGAGGACCCAAUGGUGGAUCUCAGUCUCGACGUCCAAGUGAAGAAACGAGCCAUGGGUGGUGGGGUUGGUUCGUCGACCCCAACGCUGAGUGGGUGCCUUGAGAGUUUCACCUCCCCGGAGAAGCUCAUGGCGGGCGUUUACAACUGCAGCCAGUGCAACGGGGGCUCUCAAAAGGCAACCAAGCAGUUGCGGAUCAAGAAACUGCCAGCCAUUUUAUGCAUGCAGCUCAAGCGAUUCGAACACAGCGCCUCUGUGUCCGAGAAACUCGAAGGCCGGAUUGAAUUUCCGCUCUCCAUCAACAUGCUGCCGUACACGACGAAUCCACACUCCAAAGUCGACAAAGCACGCUUCAUGUAUGACCUCUCAUCCGCCGUCGUGCACAAGGGCAAGCUGGAUUCAGGGCACUAUUACGUGUACUGCCGCCAAGGAGACGAGUGGAUGCUUUUCAACGACGACCAAGUAACACCAGUGGCCGAAGCAGACGUCCUCAACGCCGACGCCUAUCUCCUAUUCUACAACCUCCGAUCCCUAGCCUCUGCACCACAGUAACACACGUCUCAUUUCUCUCCGGCUCUCUUUCUUCUAUCUAUACAUGUUCUACCUUGACCCCCUUGAACCUGCCGCAUCAUUUCCCGUUCCCGGUACAUAUCAUCAUCAUCAUCAUCAUCAUCCAUACCUCGAUAAUUCCUCUCCCUAUUCC